AUGUUGGAAGAUCGAUCUUGUUUUGUUUCAAGAAGUUACAGUCGCGAAAGGGACAAUAGUCACAAUACUUGGAGUUAUAUGAGCAAUUACAGGAUAGAAAGACUAGAAUCCCAACAAGGAAAACGACCAUUAGAACAUGAUGAAAACGAAGAACUCGAUCAUACCCAUCCCCGAAAAAUCUCCAAACAAUCAAACAGUUUACAAAACCCACAACUCAAAUUAGGGUUCCUCGACUUUUCCAAUCAUUCCAAUAGUCAAGAUCAAUCUGGAGAUAAUUCCGAUUCAACCUCUCUAAUCAAUGGUCUCGAUCGUGACAACUCACUCACAUGUCUAAUGAAAUGUUCACGAUCGGAUUAUGGUUCAAUUGCAUCAUUAAGCCGUAGCUUCCGUGAGCUUGUUAGAAGUGGCGAACUUUAUAGAUUAAGAAGAAAAAAUGGGAUAAUCGAACACUGGGUUUAUUUCUCUUGCCACCUCGUAGAAUGGGAAUCUUUUGAUCCAAUCACUUCACGUUGGAUGCAUUUACCCACAAUGACGUCAAACCCAUGUUUUCAAUUUUCCGAUAAAGAAUCUUUAGCUGUUGGGACUGAGUUACUUGUAUUGGCGAGUCUAGGGGAAAUAGCAAUUGUUGCUGGUGGGUGUGAUCCCAAUGGCAAAAUCGUAAAUUCAGCCGAACUUUAUGAUAGUGAAUCGGGUACAUGGGAAACACUUCCGUGUAUGAUUAAACCUCGAAAGAUGUGUUCCGGGGUUUUCAUGGAUGAUAAAUUUUAUGUAAUCGGCGGAAUCGGAGGUCCGGAAAUGACACCGUUGGCAUGUGGGGAGGAAUAUGAUUUGAAAACGCGGGAAUGGAAAGAGAUUCCGAAUAUGUCUCCGGUGAGAACGGGGACUCCUCCCGCCAAUGAGGCGGGAGCAGUGGUGGUGCCUCGUACUGAGGCACCACCAUUAGUGGCGGUUGUGGAUAAUGAGUUGUAUGCUGCUGACUGUGCGGAUAUGGAAGUGAGAAAAUAUGAUAAAGAAAAAAAGGAAUGGGAGACGGUUGGGAGGCUGCCCGAACGGGCAGACUCCAUGAAUGGUUGGGGGAUUGCUUUUAGAGGGUGUGGUGACCGGGUUAUUGUUAUUGGUGGGCCCCGGGCAAUCGGGGCGGGUUUUAUUGAAGUUAAUUCGUGGGUCCCACGAGAAGGUCCGCCACGUUGGCGGUUACUUGGACGGAAACAAUCGAAUAACUUUGUUUACAAUUGUGCGGUGAUGGGGUGCUGA